CGGCAGGCAGCAUUUACAAGCGCGUUAGCUUGGUGCGCUUCUUUUGUAGCAUUUUCCACGUUCAUUUAUUUUGUAUAUUAUCUUAAACUGAAAGGCAUAUAAAUUAAUCUCAAAACGAGAAGAACCACGACAGAAGCGAUGACGGGCUCAAACGAGUACAAACUGAACCAGGGACCAGAGGACAGCAUCUCUGCUGUCAAGUUCAGCCCAAGCACAGCUCAGUUCCUGCUGGUUUCCUCCUGGGACUGCACUGUCCGUCUCUUUGAUGUUGGAGGAAACACCAUGCGGAUGAAGUACCAGCACACAGCUCCAGUUCUUGACUGUGCUUUUUAUGACCCAACACAUUCUUGGAGUGGAGGUUUAGAUGCACAAUUAAAAACUCAUGAUUUGAACACGGACCAAGAUACAAUAGUUGGAACGCACGAUGCCCCCAUUCGUUGUGUGGAAUACUGCCCAGAGGUUAAUGUCAUGGUAACGGGCAGCUGGGACAGAUCAGUUCGACUGUGGGAUCCAAGGACGCCGUGCAACGCAGGCACUUUUACACAGCCUGAGAAGGUAUAUACGCUGUCAGUGGCUGGAGAUAGGCUGAUCGUUGGCACAGCUGGAAGACGAGUCCUGGUGUGGGAUUUGAGGAACAUGGGCUAUGUACAGCAAAGAAGAGAGUCCAGCCUCAAGUAUCAGACUCGCUGCAUUAGAGCCUUCCCCAAUAAACAGGGCUACGUCUUGAGUUCAAUUGAGGGACGUGUAGCAGUGGAGUACUUGGACCCAAGCCAGGAGGUUCAGAAGAAGAAGUAUGCCUUCAAGUGCCACAGGCUGAAGGAGGAGGGAAUUGAACAUGUUUAUCCUGUCAAUGCCAUCUCAUUUCACAGUGUUCAUAACACCUUUGCCACAGGUGGCUCAGACGGCUUUGUGAACAUCUGGGACCCUUUCAACAAGAAACGCCUUUGUCAGUUCCACCGGUACCCAACCAGCAUCGCCUCACUGGCCUUCAAUAACGACGGCACCAUGCUUGCCAUCGCCUCCUCCUACAUGCAUGAGAAGGGCGACAUCAGCCACCCAGAGGACGCCAUCUUCAUCCGCCAAGUCACAGAUGCUGAGACCAAGCCCAAGUGAGUCUUCCUUAGUCCCGUGGUCCUCAGUAUGACGGUUUGCCUCACUCGGAAUUUGUGAGCAGCUGUAUUUACAAGGAGCACGUCCAGCUGCAGCAUAUGCUGAUCUCUAUCUCUGUCUGCCCACUUUUCAAUAUCCGACAGUUGAAAGAUAGACAAGAACUUGAAAAUCCUCCCACCCAUCUAUACCAUUGUGAAUAUACACUCAUUACAAUGGCCUUAUAAUAAAUACCAGCUUUGUGGAACUUGAAAUGUUAAAUAUUUGUUGACACCAAUUCAGUCAGGUAGACAUUUUUUAGGUUUCAUGGUAUUGUUGUAUAGGCUUGUGUUAUAUUGAACUGUUUUUGAAUAUUUUGCCCCCCCAUACAUAUUGGGGUGGCCAAAAUAUUAAAAACACAAUGUUCAAUAAACAAUUUUAAGUGUGCAGAUUUAAAGAAUAAGUUAACAUGUUUUAAUUUGGUCUUAAGCGCAUUCACAAGUCCAAAUGUACUGGACUGCUCGAUUAUGGCAAAAAUCAUUUUCAUGAUUAUUUUGGUCCAUACUGAGAUCAGUUACAUGAUUGACCCACAGAACAGAAACACUUCCAUUUUUCAAAAAAUGUGUCAAUCCACACAGACUCCAAGUGUCUUAUUGACACCCCCUGCGCUUUUUUGUUGGUCUUUUGAUUGUUUGUUUGUUUUUUAAUGCUCUGCGUGUUUCUGUCACAUUUAGCGUAAUCUGUCCAGAAAACUGUUUAAAUCACAGAUAUCCCGCUCUAUAUGUGUGUUGAACUUAUUAACAGCAUCUACACUGAAUGAUUAAGACUCUCCCAGUCUGUCUAUGAGCUUACCUCUUUCACUACAGGCAGAUUCCCCUCACUCACAACAGUGGGCGAGGAAAUAAAUCAAUGAAUCAAUAAAUACUAACACUGUCAAUUUCUUUCCAUGGAGCCAACAUGAAAACAAUUUUGGUUCAGUAAAUUUCUGCUGCCAGUCAGCCUGGUGGAGGCAGGUUAGCUGGCCACUGGUCAGGAACUGGUGCUGACAGAUGGCUGAAGAGAGACGCUGAACACAGGUCAGAGCAUUUAAGAGAGGGGUGAAACCGCACCGAGAGUCAACAUCGAGACCAUCAUUGCGAAACAAUGCGGCACAAUAAUCAUUAUAUCUCAAUUAUAUUUUUUUUCAUAAUUGUUGGAAGCCAAAAUUGUAUUUGGAAAUAAAAUACGAUUAAUUGCUCAGUCCUAAUAUGUACAGUACAUAGACUUCUGCUUUGCUUGCUUUAAUCAUUCCUCAUUAUGAGAACUUUUACUAAUGUGCUUCCAAUGAAAAUCCACUUUCAA